CAUCGCAGACGAACAAUAUCAUCCGCAUUUUGAAAAAUUCGCUGUAGUCCUAACAUAUCAAAUUAAAAAAUUGCUGAUUAGAAAAAAAUUAAAUUGAGUUCUCAAAUUGUUAACGAUGUGCGGUGAAAGUUUUGCAUUUUGGCUUUUUAUAAUUUUACGUUUCACUUCAUCUUCAACGACUCUGCGAAACUUUACAAGUGACAACAAAGAGAACAACAUAUGGGAGGAGACAUAUAAUCAUACGAAUUUUAUUAAAAACGAAACGAAUAAUAAUAAUAAUAAAAAUCACAUUGUUUCAUACGAAAAAUGUGACAAUAUUACUUGCAUUCAACUCUGUUGUCCGCUUGGUGAUCGCUUGGUUGAAAAUUGCAUUGCUAGUGAAAAUGAAUAUAUUUUGCCAAACAUAUAUAGCUACUCGAACAAUUCGAUACAGAGCGAAAAUAAGAAGGUGGACGAGCUUUUUCCACUAAUCAUUCAAAAUCCGUGUCAGGAAACUAUACGUUUUCUUCUUUAUCCGGACUAUUAUUUCAAGUACUUGAAGUAUAUGUUUUUCGCAAACAGCUCUCUGUAUCUUCCUUAUUUCGACAUAUUUGUUGAAUCAACAUCUUAUUGUUUGGCCAUCGUGGAUCAUAAUCAGUUCGAUGCAAUUAUCUGCUUGGAAGCUGUGAAUGAAACAAUCGAUAAAAAAAAGGAUAACAUGAUAAACGAUCUGAUAAAUGAAAUCUCAAACGAAUUAAGAUUUUUAUUUUUGAGUUGUCGCAUAGUGUCUAUGUUGUGUUUGCUGACAAUAUUUGUGGUGUAUUCUAUACUGCCGGAAUUUCAUAACAUACAUAGUUUCAUGCUGCGCAAAUACUGCAGUUUGUUAUUUUUCGGAUACAUAGUUGACACUAUAAGUUUCCAAUUCAAUCCAAUCAACAUAAUAGAUUAUUCAUAUUUCAUCUGUGUUAUAAUUGCUUUAAUCAACUAUUUCUGUUUUUUCUCAAGUACUUUCUGGUUAAGUGUAAUGAGUUUCGACAUUUGGUGGACAUUUAGAGAUUUUCGCUUGUUACAAAGAAACAAGAGAGUGAAACAAGAGAGAAAAAAAUUAAUAUAUUCUAUCUUUGCUUGGGGAGGUACCUUCAUUUUUACUAUCAUUUGUAUUAUCAUGGAUAUCGUUCCCAACGAGCCGAAAAACGUAAUUCAACCGGAAUUUUGUGUCCAUAGUCUUUGGUUUUAUGAGAGUGCGGCGUUUCAAUUGUAUUUUUACGGACCGCAUAGUGUCUGUAUUAUUAGUAGCAUUUGCUUAUCUAUUUACACAGCAUUGAAAAUUAUGCGUUAUGAAAAGGACACAACCCGUCAUCUGAGAGAUUCAGAAAGCAGAUUUUAUAAUGACAACAAGCGAUGGUUAAAUCUGUAUCUGAGACUGUUUAUCAUGCUGUUUAUUAUAAUAUCCAUAAAUUGGAUUAUAACAAUAGCGUUCGAAUUUUGGCCGUUUGAUAAUAUUACAAUGUUGUACAUACGUAGUAUGUUUGUGUUGGAUAUUAUACAAGAUGUCAUUAUGUUCAUCAUAUUCGUGUGUAAAAGGACAAUCAUGGAACAGCUAUUGAAGCGUUUCUGUCAGAAUUGCAAAUGUUUUUCCAAAACUUCGACAUAAAACGAUUACAGGUUUGAAUAACUGUACCAUGUCAAGAACAAUUUUUUUAUGGAAAAACAUUAAUUAUGAAAAAAUGAACCAUCACACAAAAAGUUUGUCUGA